AUGGCCGAAGCCGCCUCCCAAAACCCAGCAACCAGCGCAAGCUGGACAUCGUUCAUCAAGUCAAUCUCGUCCUUCAACGGCGAUCUCUCGUCCCUCACAGCCCCGCCAUUCAUCCUCUCCUCGACAAGUCUGACCGAGUUCAGCUCGUACUGGGCUGAGCACCCGACCGUCUUUGCCGCCCCUGCCAACGAAGCCGACCCUGCGAAGAGGGCAGUCCUCGUCCUCAAGUGGUUUCUGACGACCCUCAAGCAGCAGUACGCUGCACGCUCCGAGAAAUAUGGCAACGAGAAGAAGCCUCUGAACCCGUUCUUGGGAGAGCUGUUCCUUGGAAAGUGGGAGGAUGCCGCGGGCACAACCGAGCUCAUCAGCGAGCAGGUCAACCACCACCCUCCUGCGACUGCCUAUAGCAUCACCAACAAGAAUUCUGGCGUCCACUUGGAAGGCUUCAACGCCCAAAAGGCCAGUUUCACCAAGACGAUCAACAUCAAGCAGAUCGGACAUGCGGUUCUCUCCGUACCCAACGCCUCCAGCGAGGGUGGCGCGGACAAGUACAUCAUCACCCUGCCUUCUCUUCACGUCGAGGGUCUCCUGUUUGGCGCCCCGUUCAUCGAGCUCGACGGAGCAUCCUACAUCACCUCUUCAACCGGCUUCACCGCCAAGAUCGACUACAGCGGCAAGGGCUGGCUGAGCGGCAAGAAGAACUCGUUCACGGCCGCGCUAUACCCCACCGGCCAAGAGAAGGACGUCCUCUACAACGUCUCCGGGCAGUGGACCAAGGCCUUCGAGAUCCACGCCGGUCCGGCCAAGGGCAACUCGGCCAAGAACCUCGUCGAGACAUGGGACCCGGAGAACAACGCGCCCUCGAAGCUCCAGAUCGCGCCCGUUGAGCAGCAGCACCCGCUCGAGUCGCGCCGCGCCUGGGCUCAGGUGGCCAACGGCAUCGCCAAGGGCGACAUGACGCUCGUGGCCAACGAGAAGACCAAGAUCGAGAACGCCCAGCGCGAGCUGCGCAAGAAGGAGCAGGCCGAGGGCCGCAAGUGGGAGCGGAGGUACUUCAAUGCCGUGGAGGGCCAGGAUCCCUUGCUCGCGUCACUGGCUGGUCACGUCGGGCUCAGUGCCGAUGGCGACGCGGACAAGACGGGUGGUCUGUGGCGGUUUGAUGCCGCCAAGGCAGAGAAGGUCAAGGACGAGAUCCUGACUGAGGAGCAGAAGAGCGAUCUGGCCAAGGAGGUUUUGGGACAGUAG